UCUCCUCUCCCUCCCUCUUCCCCCACCUCCUCCUUUUCUUCCUCCUCUUCCUCCUUCCUCUUCCUCCUGGGAUGUCUGCAUCCUCCUCCUCCUCCCCUGCAGGGAUGUUGUCUUUCUGCCAGCACGCCUGGGAGCAGGUCUUUGCCAAGGUGAAGCGGGCGGUGGUGUUCAUGGACUCCCCUUGCGCCGAGAGCCUCCACUGGGCCUGGGGAGGAGCAGGGAAGCUCUUCCAAGCCGGGGCUCUCAAUGUCAAGGAGUUUUCCAGCUUUGAGUCUGGGCGGCCUGAGCAACCCAAGGCGGUUUUUGUGGUGAGCACCUUGUUGAAAGGCAGGACGGUGGACAUCAUCCACGACAUUGUGAGCCUCAGCCACUUCCAGUACUGUGUGGUUUUCACAGCUGUCAGCCACACGGUGCACUUGCAGGCCCAUGGCGCUUUCAGCGGCGCUGAGGCCGAAGGCUGCAGCCAGGUGGUCUUUGAGCAGUUUGAAGAGAAGCUCUGCCAAUGGAUGGGCAACAUGAACUACACCGCAGAGGUGCACGAAGCGGCUUUAUUUCUGGCACCCAUUGGGCAUCACCUCUUUGUGACUCCUGCCUUUUCCUCCCUUUUCCCCCUAAUGGCUGAAGAUUUGUCACGGAUCAAUAGUACUAAGCCAGAGAAGAAAAAAUUUGCUAGCUUGACUGAUGUUGACCUCUCAUCCCUGUCUUCAGAGCUGCAACUUGAGAUCAGGUCACUGGUGUCCGAUUUAAACAACUUAUUUGAGGCCCUCAGUGUCCGGGAGGAAUGUUUUGCGGUUGGAGCACUGAGCAGGAUCAUUGCAGGGGAUUUGGCAAAUUACCCCCAGGCUAAGACCAGAAAGAAAAUGGCACAAAAUAGAGCUUCUGUCAUCUUUCUGGACAGGUCUUUAGAUUUGACAGGAACAGUUGGUCAUCAUGGUGACAACUUAGCAGAGAAGAUUCUCUCUGUGCUUACUAAACUUCAGGGUCAUAGGAAUGAUGUAAUGGUCAGCAUGCUGGAACUCACAAACCUUCGGACUGAUGAUGCAAAUUGCAACAUUAUAGCACCAGGCUGCCUGGCCCAACCAAAUGAUCCAGCUGCUAAAGCUCUGUGGGAGUCUUUAAUGAAUCUCAAACAGAAAGAAGCUGUGAUGGAAGUGAGGAGACACCUAGUGGAAGCAGCAAGCAGAGAAAAUUUGCCAAUCAAGAUGAGCAUGGGUAGAGUCACCCCUUAACAACUGAGCUCAUAUAUCCAGCUCUUUAAAAGAAAUUUUGAAGCUCUUGAGAACCACUGUGGGCUUCUGCAAAUUGCAUUGGCUGUUGUACAAACGCUAAAACAUCCUCAGAGUGCUAAAUGGGACAACUUCUUAGCUUUUGAAAGGCUACUUUUGCAGAGUAUUGGGGAGUCAACAUUACCUAGUGUCCUGAACCAAUUGCUACCUAUCAUCAAGUCUCAUAAUAAUAGGACAGAUAAUGAUUAUACUCCUGAAGAUCUCCUUGUGUUGCUGGUUUAUAUUUACUCCAUAGUUGGAGAAAUUAAAACUGGAAAAGAGCUGGAUAAAGCUGAAGGAGAAGUAAAAGAAGCCCUUGUCCAAUCUAUUUGUAAUGAACCUGAGCUAUCUGCCUUACUGCAGAAAAUAACAGGCUGCGAAUCUUCCCUUGACCUGACAUUUCAGAAGGCCAUGUUUGCUGUGAACGACAUCUUUAAAGUCCUCAGGGAUGUUACAAGAGCUCGAACACACAUGAAACAGUUUAAUUCUGUGCAUAUCCCAGGAAGCCAUACCCAACAGGCCUCUUAUAAACCAUUGUUGAAGCAAGUGGUGGAAGAAGUGUAUAAUCCUGAUCGGCCUGACCCUGUUGAUAUUGAACAUAUGUCUUCUGGACUCACAGAUCUUCUGAAGACAGGAUUUAGUAUGUUUAUGAAGGUGAGUCGCCCUCACCCUGCUGAUCAUUCACUGGUGAUCAUCUUCAUGGUUGGUGGAGUGACAGUGUCUGAAGUCAAAAUGGUAAAGGACCUUAUAACAGCACAGAAGCCUGGAGUACAGGUAAUUGUGCUCUCCACAACUCUCCUGACACCGCUUAACAGUCUGGAGUUGCUGUUUGCCACAGACCGUCUCCAGCCAGACAUUGGUAUCUGAUGAAUAGAGAAUUUGUCAAUUAAGAUGAGCAUCUAUCCACCUUUUCCCCCAUGACAGACACAAACUUGAAGAAAAUAUCAAACUUGUUCCCUUCUGUCCCUUUAGAUAUUCUUUAAAAAGUGAAAGGCUCUGAAAUUAUCCACGACCUUGAUUUUGACAUUAGAAAAAUUGAUUUGAUAGCUGUCUGGAAAGAAGAGUAGCUACAUGAGAAGAGCACUUGCACAUUCAUUCAUUUCUUCAGUGACGUCAAGCUGACAUUCAGUUCCUCUCUUUGCAGUAAUGUUGCAUUGAGCUGAAAUUCUUUCUUUCUAGCUAGUUGACAUGGGUUGCUCUUUCUGGCACCUGUAGGGGGUAAACACCACUGCCUAUGACAGUUACAUAGGAACACUGUAGAACAAUUGCAGAAAGCUACAGGAGCUCCCUCUUUUAUACUGUAGUGAGCUUUUUCUUCAGCUUCUUUUCUAGUCUUCUACAGGUUUUCUAGUUGGCUUGUGAUUGAAGAAGCCAUCAGGACAAAAUGCCAAGUUAUUCAACCAUCAAAUAGAAAAUGUAGUCUUAAAUACAUAUGUCCCUGAUGGUGCAUGUGCCUUAAUAUCUUCAUAUUAUUCAAGGUAUGUUGCUUCAAAUAUUUGGUAAAUUUUCUAGUGGUAACCCAAUCCCAGCCAACAGGCAUAAAAUGAAAAGUACUGUCAAUUGUUUUCUAACAGUUCUCCAUCUCCCAUUGAUCCCACAUGAAGUCACCCUCUCAGCUGGUGCUCUAUAGGUGGUAAACCAUCUACAUGGAAGAUGAAGGUGUGGCCUUUGAUAGCUAACUAGGCAUUACAAAACCAUCCCAGUGUGGUUGAUUUGUGGAUUAGAUAGCCAGGUAGCCAACUGAAGAUUUGAGAUUUUUUUAGAAGUACCAGAAAUGAACACCAUCAGGAGCUGGUCAUCUAGGCCCCUAGUUCAGUAGAAUCAAGUGAUAAAGCUAUUCUUGGAUGUUAUAAUUUCAGAACAAAUACUUCACACAUCUUCCCUUUACUUAGAAAAUGCAUGUCAGAAAGAGGGUUCUGCCAUGCCUUCCUGAUGUGCUGGUUUUCUGUCCAAAGGGAGUCAUCUUAUCCUGGUCCAUUAUAUAUUUUGGUCUUAGAGCUUUCCUCAUCCAGAGUCCAGGACAGUCACAGUAUGCUGUUCAACCCUAUCUCCAGUUGCCAGAGGCCCUUAGAGCCUACUAAAUAUUUUAGAAUGAAAGAUAUUCAUGAUCACAGCCACAAUUGGAAUAUUCCCAGGCUGCCCAAGGGUUUAGCAGAUGGAACAUAAAUUUUUCUUUACUUUGUAUUUCUUGGAACCAAAACACACUGCAGAAAUAAUCCAGUUUGAGACUGCUUUAACUGCCCUGGCUGAGUGCUAGGGAAUCCUGGGAAUUGUAGUUUGUUGUGGCACCAGAGCUCUCUGACAGAGAAGGCUAAAUGUCUCACAAACCUACAGUUCCCAGAAUUCCUUACCAUUGAGCCAGGACAGUUAAAGUGGUCUCAGAGUGAAUUAUUUCUGCAGUGUGUUUUGGACCUUUCCUUCCUGUUAUAUAAGGAGGAGGUAAUAAUUAUAGAAGAUUUAAUGCCAAGGGUAUGGCUUGACUUUUUCUUAGUUUCCAAAUAACAGUAGCAGAACAGCUUAAGUUUAGAAAACAUGUCAUAUAGCAGCCUAAGAAGCUGGCAUAUGGCAUAUAUUUUAUUCCUGAACUGCAUAUUUGGUUUUACUUCGAUCAGGUAAUGAUAUUUUUGCUGAAUUGUUUUGAUGUUGUAGAAUACAGCUAGACACUUGCCUUUAUAAGUGUAACCCAUUGCAGCAGCUUUAUUUUGACAAGAUGUUACAAAGACAAGUUUAGGUCUUCUCCAGUCUAACAGAUACAGAUUGUAGUCUUUGUAGUCUUUGGGGAGAGGAUCUAAAUUUGGCUGCACUCUGACACCUUGGCUAAUGGAAAAGAGCAAAGGCCUGCUUUUCAACCAUUAGAGAAAGAGACACACUGUUGUCCAUUUAUUUAUGGCAAUAAUAAUUGGAUGCAUUGGUAUAAUAGACCAAUGACAAAUAAGACCAAGUUGAUGUGUAAAGCUAUUUUUCUGAACUGCUUAGGAAGGACAGGCAAAAACUGGCAGUUUCCAUGGUUACUAUUGCAUUCCUUUCACACAGUGUUAAUAGAGUCUGUCUUGAAAAUUUUUAAAGCAUGAAAGCAGGCAUAGUACAGAAACCAUGCCUAUCAGUUCUGUCUUCUUGUCAGAUGCCUGGUAGGUUUCCUUCCAUGAACCAUUCUUCUAUCACAAGUUGGCUGUGUUCAUUGUUGCCCCCAGUUUGCUGGGGAGGUUUUGAAGGUGGACUGUGUAGAUAGAUGAAUUCCAUCCUCCUUGAAUGGAUACGCCUAUACACUGUUCAUGAUUGCUGUGUGAUGGAGACAGCCAGCACUUAACCUGAAGGCUGGGGGUGAAACUCAAACCGUAAGUGCUGAUUCACAAAAACAAUGAUACAUUACAUGUCACCAAGAGACUAUGCUAUGUUCAACUCAUGCAGCCAUCACUUGCGAGCUUAAAUUAAUAAUCCUCAAAGGACUAGAAAUACAGAUUUAUAGCCUGGUUGUAUGCUUUAGCUAAGAGCUGUCCCACUGUAGCGUAGCAAAGAGAACCUUCCACUUCAUGGGAGGUAUCCCUCCUGUGUUUAAUAAGAGCAACCCCAGGAUGUUCUAGUAUAAGAAUGAGCAAAGUGUAUUCUCCAGAUAUUGGUCUGCACUCCCAGCAUUCUUUACCAUUGUUAUGCUGGCUAAGGCUCACAGAUGUUGCAGUCCAGCAACAUCUGGAGAGCCGUUUUUCUUUUAGAAUGGAACAAGUAGAACAGACUCUCUUCGCAAAAUAGCACCAGUAAGCAAUAUUGAGAAGGGGGUGACUUAGCACAGUUACAUCUUUGAAGAGAAAGUAAGGACUGAUAAUCUGUACUUGUGCUAUCACAAUUAGUGACACUACACCCCUCUUGUAUGUUCCAUGAUUUAAUAAAUGUCUUUAAAUUCUAUUGUAACUUUAGGUCGUUUCCAUGCCUUUCAGGCACUGUGGGUCUUACCAUCACCAUCCCAUUUUCAUAAACUUGAGGUAGUUGCAGAUGAAAACACAAUAAUCAUAUGAGAAAACAUUGUUUAAUUAUGAAACAUAAUGUAAAAGUUGUGUUCUGUGUAAGUUGCUAUCAGUAAAAAAAAAUAAGUUACAGGUUAAAGAAAGA